AUGCCAUUUUAUCAAAUACCACCGCCAGCGCCCAUGAACGUAAAGGAUGGUGUAUCAACAAAUUGGAAACUGUUUAAAGAAGCUUGGUGUUAUUAUUAUGUCACUGCCACUGAACUUAACAAGAAAUCUAAAGAAGGACAGGCUGGGGCUUUAUGCAGUGUUAUGGGAAUGGACUGUGUGAAAGUAAUGAAUAGCCUCACUACUCUAACUGCAUCUGACAAGAGAGACCCAGAGAAGAUUCUUUCUGCCUUAAGCGACCAUUUUAUGCCUCAAAAACAUUUGUUGUUUGAAAGAGUAAAAUUUAGUUUUGCCAAUCAAGCUGAAAAUGAAAGCAUUGAUCAGUAUGUAGUGAGAUUGCGCCAGCUUGUUGGGUCAUGUGAAUUUGAGAAUCUUUGUAAGAGCUUAAUUUCUGACCGAUUGGUCAUUGGCACUCGAGACUCUUCCACUAGUGACCGCCUACUUCGAGAACGCCUUGUGCGAGGGUUAGCCAGGUGUAUUAAAGCUCUUCGAGCCAGCGAGUUAUCCAGGAUUCACAAAGAGCAGUAUAAAGACACUGUUGAUUCUCCAUACGCUGUUCAUGCAGCAGAAAAGCAUCAUUUAGCAACUCAGAAAAGGAAAGGAAAUAGUGGUAGUAGCAAGGGAAACUUGAAAGGUCGUGACAAGACUGGAAAAGAAAAACCAUCAGGUCUAUGCAAGUUUUGUGGCACCGAACAACCAUGAAAUAGAGCAAAAAGUCUUGCGUCUGGUAAAACCUGACAUAAAUGUGGUAAGCAAGGCCCCUUUGCUGUGAAGUGCCAUGUAAAGAGGCAGUCCCCAAGUAAAUCAGACAAGAAAGUUCGACAAGAUAGUGACAAAAGAAAGUUCAUCAGGAUAGUGAUGAAUCAGACGAUUCUAUUUCUAUUUUAGAGCGCGUUGGAGUUGUUAGUAGUAAUGAAACCAGAUCCUCCUUUAUGGUACCUUUCACCUUUCACACAGAGUACAGCGCUACAGUUACAACUCAGCUGGAUACUGGGGCGCCGUGCAGUGCAAUGUCCUAUACAGAUUUGUUGAAUGUUUUGCAACUUGGCGAAGUUCAGCUGGAUCCACCUGGAGGCACGAUAAGGCUUUAUGAUGGUAGUGUUGUCAAUCCUUUUGGUUCGUUUCAGUCUGCCGAAACAGUGGCCCUUAAUGCAAGAUAAAAUUUGACAUCCUAGAGAAUGCACCGUAGCCAAUCAUGGAUGGUAGAACGUGUAUUGACCAAGGUUGGAUAUCCCUAGGAACAGAGGCGUCUGUUUACUCAUUAAAUAGCAAGCAUUAUGAACCCCUCACUAUGGAGGAACUUUUGAAGGAAUAUGAAGAUGUGUUCACAGGAGUUAGUUCCCUGCCCGGAGAAUAUCACAUUGAAGUAGAUCCAGCCAUUAAGCCGGUGUAACAUGCUCCUCAACGUGUACCAGUACCACUCAAAUCAAAGUUGAGAGAAAAGAUUGAUGAAAUGGAAAGGCAAGGCAUCAUUGGCAAGGAAACUAAGCCAACAAAAUGGAUCAGUAGUCUUGUAGCUGUGAAGAAGCCAUGGAAACUGAGGAUGUGCAUUGAUCCGCGUGAUUUGAAUAGAGCCAUAAAGAGGCCAAAGUAUCAGAUGCCGACAGUGGACGAGGUGCUACCAAAGCUGUCAAGAGAAAAAGUUUUUAAAGUAUUAGAUGCCAAAGAUGGUUUUCAUAAAGUUAAGCUUGACAAUGAAAGUUCAUUCCUUACAACGUUCUGGACUCCUUUUGGGAGACAUCGCUACCUUCGCAUGCCACAAGGAAUAGGCAGCGGCGCAAAAGAAUAUCAACGGCGCCAGAAUGAAGCGCUCGCAGGCCUCGAUGGAUUAGAAGUAAUUGCAGAUGACAUCUUAUGUUAUGGCAGCGGAGAAUCUAUGGAAGAAGUUUUGGCAGAUCACGAUUGCAAUUUAGUGAACUUACUAAAGCGUGCACGCAGUGUUAAUCUGAAAUUUAACAAGAACAAGUUGAGGUUGAAGUUAGACCAAGUAACUUACAUGGUACAGUUGUUCACGUCAGAAGGACUAAAGCCUGAUCCCAUAAAAAUCGAAGCAACUGCAAGAAUGCCUCGACCUGAUGAUAAGAGAGCAGUCCAACGUCUUCUGGGAUGUGUUAAUUAUUUGUCCAGGUUCAUGCCACAGCUCACAAAAGUGUCUGAACCACUACGCAAGUUAACUGAGGAGAAUGUCAUGUUCACUUGGGACAGCUCACAGGAGGAAGCUUUCCAAGCAAUCAAAAGCAUGAUCAGCUCUGCACCCCUGUUGAAGUAUUAUGAUGUGGCCAAUGAAACCACUAUCCAAUGUGACGCCUCAAAUUCCGGUUUGGGAGCAACUUUACUCCAAGAAGGACAGCCGGUUGCAUUUGCAUCACGGUCGUUGAGCACUGUUGAACGCCAGUAUGCUCAGAUAGAAAAGGAAUACUUGGCGAUUGGUUUUGCUUGCAGUCGUUUUAAUCAGUAGCUACACGAAAGAGAACUUACAACUGUAGAAACAGACCAUAAGCCAUUGGUGCCAAUUUUCCAGAAGUCUAUUCAUUCAGCGACUAAAAGGCUACAGAGAAUGCUCCUGCGUCUGCAAAGGUACAAUCUAAAUGUGACGUAUCUUCCUUGUUCUCAAAUGUACAUUGCGGACAUGCUUAGCAGAGGUUACCUCCAAGUUGACCGCACCCAGUGUAAGCGAACACCAGAGUACCAAAUCUUCCAACUCAAGCAAGAAUAGCAGCUUUUUGAAGAAAUUGCCAGCAUCAAUCAAGUUGAUUACAUGCGCUUAUCUGAGCGUACCCAUCAGGAGAUUAAGCAAUGCACUCUUGCAGACCCCACUUUGCAGACUCUAAAGAACACUGCUUCGACAGGAUGGCCAGUCUCAAAAGAAGAUAUUCCACCUUGCAUUCGAGAACAUUGGAAUUACAAAGAAGAGUUAACAGUGCAAGGCGGAGUAUUGUACAAAGGAAUAAGGUCAUUGUUCCCAUUUCUAUGAGACCUCAAAUGAUUGCCAGAGUCCAUUCCAGUCAUUUAGGACCUGAUGCCUGUGUAUGUCGAGCACGUGAUGUUUUAUUUUGGCCAAGUAUGGCAGGCCAAAUCAAAGAACAAGUUCAAAACUGUGAAGUUUGCAAUGACUUUCUAGCCAGACAGUAGAAGGAACCGUUAAUGACACAUAAGAUUCCAGAUACCCCAUGGUUGGUCAGGAUCUCUUCCCUUAUUGAAGUGAGACCUUCCUUGUGACUGUUGUCUAUUACAGUGAUUACUUUGAACUAGAUUUGUCGCAGAUGCAACUACAGAGUCUGUGAUCAGGGCAACAAAGUCACACUUUGCCCGGCAUGGUAUUGCAGACAUGAUUACUGACAAUGGUCCCCAAUAUUCAAGCGAUCAGUUCGCCCCUUUCACACGGGAAUGGGAAUUUCAGCACACUACCAGUUCGCUACUCCACAGUCAGAGCAAUGGUAAAGCAGAUUCAGCCGUUAAGAUCGCCAAAUAUCUGGUUAAGAAGGCUAAGCGAGAAAACAAAGAUCUUGAAAUGGCCCUGUUGGAACGGCGAAACACACCCGACAUUAACAAUUUAAGAGUGGCUGUCUGUAAGGAUCGAGAAUCGGCGGUCAGCGACCCAUUUGGCGAAUCCCUGAUAUUUUGCCCAAAGUUAGCCUUGGGUAGACUGUUUUCAAAAUUCAUAUUCAAAAGUUCCAACCAUUUUGUUUAUUUGGGAAAUUUGAGAAAAAUUAAAAGUGCGGUUAAAAUGCGGUCAAAGUGUGGUUUUUUGAUCCUAGUCAAGGACAUCAGCAGCCCAUCAUCACCGAUAGUAGCUCCACCAAGCAGAGCUCACCUUUGCCAAAGCCAGCAGAUGUCCACCCUGAACCUACAGCGAAAGAAGAAAGAAAAUCGCAGCAACCUCAGACUCUCGUUACAAGAAGUGGCAGAAUCAGCGCUCGCCCAUCAAGAUUCGCAGACUACGUUUAAUAGUCAAUUUAUGAACUGAACGUUGACAUUAACUUUAGUUAUUUGUUGAAGUUUAGUUUUAAUUCCUAGGAUCAAGUCAACAUAUAGCAGAAAGACAUUUAAGUGCAUGUUGUAGGCCAGAUAAUUUCCAAAUUCAAGUCGCUGAUUUUAGAAAGAUCGUUUAUUACUGUAAAAGGGGAGUUGUUACAUGAAGUAGUUUUUUGAGUCUUCCCAGGAGUCCUUGUGUGAUUAAAGUAGAGGAAGCAUGGCUUCGUUUGAUUCAAGUUGUCUCAGUCAAUUCCUCAGUUAAAGGCCGAAUAACAGAUGGGAUCUAUACCUUACAAUCAAAGUCCACACAGCCUGAUCCUCCCUCUUUCUCUGCAUUAAUUUCUAACUCGGGUGCGGAAAAUAAACUUAAAAGAUCGGAGCAAUUACCUAGACUUGGGCUAUACUAUUUGUUGACAAAUGAUUAAAUAAAUAUGUUUGGCAAAUUAAAUACUAACAAAGUAACAAUAAUUGUACCAGCACAGUUCUAGUGAAGUAAGUAAAAAUUUUUAAGUUAUGAGCCAGGCCUUUUUGAUAAAACAGUCGCUUUUUCACUUACAUUUGUCACAGUUAUGUUUGCACCUGUACCAAUAUAACGCACAAAUCAAAGAGACGGCUAUCCAUAUCAAUUAAUUCAAUUUUCAGGGCCGUUCAAUUUUUAAGACGAAAACUUUGUUGGUUUGUCUUGAUCUUUCAUCGCCAUCCUAUCAAGAAAUGCUUUAUUCUACCAACCUGAUUUUGCCCAUCAAACUUAAAACAAUAGUUCUUUUGUUCCAGGUGACAUCUUUCCAGACCGACCCGAAGCUUGUUUGAAUAAUCGGAAACCUUUGGCUUGACAAACUUGUGUACCACGGGAGGUGGGCAGUGUUAAUUGAUCUGUGAAGAAUGAAAUUUCUCUAGGGUACUGACGGAAAUAGUCAAAAGAGGUAUAGAGAGCUAUUCUUCUAGUAGAAGCAUUUUCAUAUAGAGUAAAGACGUCUACAAACUGUUAAUCUUUAAGGCAGUGAACUAAAAACUUGAUUUUUUAGUUCGAUCAUUACUUUUACUUUUUUUCCUUAACCUGCCGCGUGCGGAGACUUCUCCCGAUACUUCUAUUACUAGUCUAGGAGCAAUGGUAUUUCCGUGGGAUUUUCGUGAUGAUUUCAAGCGACAAGUGCAGAACUGUUGAGGGGGACCCAAGGAACAUGUUUAAUGUUGUCGGCGCUUUUGUAUUGCGUACAGACGAUUUUUAGAAGGCGUUAAAAGAAGAGCACCGUUCUGCCCUGCAUGAAAACGAGGCUGAACAAUAAAACGACAGGAAAAUGGCCAUUUAUUGGAAUUUUGGAACAAACUACAAUCAGUCUCUAUAUUCUGGGAUAUCUUACUUGAUAAGUAAUUGCUGUUGACACUUUUGCGAGGUCACGUGACCCGAAGUAGAGACUUAAUACAGUGCUACCCUAGAAGAGUACUAACAUUGAUACCUUUUCACACUGACAAAUUCAAAGCCACAUUUUUUUGCCUGACCCGUGCGACAAAAUAAUUUAUACCCGCGAUUGGCAAAGUUUCAAUCACAGCAAGUGAUGCAAGAAAUCUAGACAGAACUUUAAAAUAGAUACCGUCCAAAGGAAACCAACUAAUACAUCAGUGAAUUGGUAAGUGUUUUAAAAAACUCGCAAACUUUGAAAUACGCUACUGUUACGAUACCUGCGAAAGGUCCAGCGUAUUCACCGGUAAGAUUCUCGCGUAAAGUCCGAAGGAAAUCCCGUAAAUUUUGUGCUGAGAUUGGAACUUUUCAUCUCGAGCAAAGCCUUGGCGAACGGCCCAGUGAAACAUGGCGAGCAACUGCCAUUCAUGGAUCAUUCUGUGUAAGAUUACACGAAACGACCCAUAUGCCUGCUGGCUUGUGAUUGGGCAGAAAAACACAAAAGUUUUCUGGCACCAAUCAGAAGCCAGAACGGCGGCGAUCGUUUGGAACUGGUCUGGUAAGACAUUGUCCCCAGAGGCUCUUCCCGCCGUUCUUUACUUUUCUUCGAGCCAUAUUUUUCCGCCCGUUUAGACUUUCUCUUGCCCCCACUAUCUGCCCCUGAGUCUCCGAGAAUGUUCCACUAUAUAUCUCGUUUACCGUCUUUACACUUUUGACUUUAGUCACACGCGCGGCUUUUAAGGUGAGACUUUGCAUGUAAGUCAAAAGCAAACUCUCUUGUAAAUCAUGUUGACAGUUCGAUGCCUGAACACAAAUGACAUCUUUUUCGCAAAUAGUCAGGUUAUAUAGAGUGUCAGAAAGGCCAAACACAGGCCAGAAAGGCCAUAACCAGGCCUUUAAGGCCAAAACCAGGCUAAAAGGGACAAAAGGAGACAAACGGGCCCUUUUUAGUUAUGUGUCUUUGUUUUGUCUUUUUUCUCAUACACAUGCGUGGGUGUCUCCCGUCGUUGGUCACGCAAAAGCUCUCAAUAUUGGAAUCAUCAUCAUCUUUUUUAAGUGUAAUCACCAAUUACAGUGCCUAAUUAAAAAGUUUAGAUCAUGAAUUAGUAAUUGGUGUUUUAAAUUUCAGAUUUGUUAUUUAUUGUACCAGUUUACUAUUAUUGUUAUUAAUGAUCAAGUAGCAAAAACCAGCCAAUAAGAGGAAUGCACAGAACAAUAUGAAAGCUGGGAAGAACGCUAUAAAAGUCUUAAACAACAACAAUGAGGGUCUUGGUAAAUAAGCUUAACCUUGUCCCAAAGCGUAUUAUGCCCGGUGUUACUACCGCGUUUAGAAUUGGCUGAGGUUUGACUUCGUGAUAGUUGUAUGUCCCUGUGAAGCUCCUUAUGGUAGUACGAUAAUAUUGAGUAAACACACUAGAAAGUAACAGCAACAUUGAUGUCUACAUAAUAUGAGUCACGCUAGAAGCACUAUUCCUGAAUCUCCAGUGUACCACUAAGUGUUGCCAAAACGCCACAAUGUACAGGAAAAUAUUUAUUUUCUUAAAUCAAAUGCUUCUUAACAUGUUCACGCGCGUUGUAUUGACAUUAAUUGCAUGCAUCAGCGGCUUGCUACAUUCAUUACCUGGAAAAAAAGAAACAACAACAACAAAAAAAAGACACACGCGUGACCUAUAGUACCUGCGCAUACCAAUUCAAUAAAUUUGUUCCAAUUCAUUAUAACACACGCGUUGCAUUGUGAACAGGCUCAACGAAAUGGCUGCCGUGGGUAAAAUAAAAUGCAUGUUCACUUUUCCUUUGGGCACGAUACAAGGCGAAACGACAUUGGUUACAGAACAUUAUACAACUUAACUGGUAACUGAGUGUUGUAACGCUUAUUAAUUGAUGGUUGAGGACUAGGUAAAAACAUUUAAUGAUUCCUUUAAUAUAAUGCACAUGAAGUUGAUUUAUUCUCCUGCAGGAAUUUGAAAGACAACGACAUCAGGGAGCUCCCGUCAGGGAUAUUUUCAAAUCUCCUUUCCUUGCAAGCACUGUAAGUGAACGAAGCACCAUUUCUUUGUUUAUUAUUUUAUGUGACUGAUCUGGAAGGAUCCGACGACCUCUUUUGGCACCUGCGGGUUGAGAUGGAGUGGUGGGGAGGGUGGUCAACAGUCGAUUUAUUAUCUAUGAUUUGACCUCGUUUUUCAGCUUUCUUUUUCUUUCAAGUCUUAAAAACCUGACAGCUCCUCUUCCGCGUCCUCGGCGGAGGCUGCUAAGGUUGCAACCAUAUGACCCGACCAUUCGUUACCGACCAGGCAGAGAAAUUGAAGUAGUUUAUGCCCAGUCAGCAUUAUCAGCAGAGAGUCAUGAACCCAUCCCCGAAAUGAAUGUCCAAACUCACGUGGUCUUCCCUCAGCUUGUUAUAAAAUGUUGCAAAAGAUCAAAGAACAGAGCAAUUUGGAAGCGAAACUCGGUGCGUUAAAAGAAAUGAUCAGCGAAGGUUGGCUUAUCCACAUCCAACUGCACCCAACACUCUUAAAGCCAAACUGGCCCUUCAGACACCAGAUAGCAAGCGAAAACGGAAUAUUCACUAAAGCCUACCAUACCGGAUUACCACUCCUACGACUCUGCAGAAAUACAUUUUCGCCAAACCCCACAGACCACACAAAGUAA